CUGAGAGGAGACACAGAAGAGAAAACACUUCAGACCAGGACUCUUAGCGGAUCAGAUCCUUCAGACCAGGACUCUUAGCGGAUCACAUCCUUCAGACCAGGACUCUUAGCGGAUCAGAUCCUUCAGACCAGGACUCUUAGCGGAUCAGAUCCUUCAGACCAGGACUCUUAGCGGAUCAGAUCCUUCAGACCAGGACUCUUAGUGGAUCAGAUCCUUCAGACCAGGACUCUUAGCGGAUCAGAUACUUCAGACCAGGACUUCAGGUUCAGAGCCUUGAGAUCAGGACUUUCGGCGGAUCAGAGCCAUGCUUGCUGUGUGUCUGGAGUUCCUCGGCCUCGCGCUGUGCGUCACGGGCUCGCUGUUCGUGAUGGUCGCGUGCGGGCUGCCCACGUGGAAGGUGACGGCGUUCAUCGACUCCAACAUCGUGGUGGCCCAGACCAUCAUGGACGGCCUGUGGAUGUCCUGCGUGGUGCAGAGUACUGGACAGAUGCAGUGCAAAUUCCACGACUCGGUUCUGGGCCUCGCGCAAGACCUGCAGACGGCGCGUGCCCUCACGAUCAUCUCCGCCGUGCUGGGGGUGGUCGCGCUGACGGUGACUGUUGCGGGGGCUCAGUGCACCAACUGCAUCAAGGACGAGACUCUGAAGGCACGGGUGGUUCACGCGGGCGGCGUGAUCUACAUCAUCAGCGGGCUCUUCGUGCUCGUGCCGCUCUGCUGGAUGGCCAACAACAUCAUCGUGGACUUCCACGACCCGCAGAUACCCCCCUCCAAGAAGAGGGAGAUCGGAGCCGCCAUCUACAUCGGCUGGGCUGCCGCCGCGCUGCUCCUGCUCGGAGGGACCCUGCUCUGCUGCUCCUUCUCUCAGGGGGUGCGAGGGACCUACCCCAUCAAGUACGCGCCCACCAAGAGCAUCACGAGCACCGGAGACUUCGACAAGAAGCAUUACGUCUAAACUGAACUCUCACGAUGAAGGACUUUUUUUUUCCUUUUUGUUUUUCUGCCAGAACAGAGCUGAAGCGACUUUUCUGCUAUGAACCUUUGACAUGAUGUGGAGACAUGAUGAACACACCGAGGGGGAAACUGUAACACAUGUACAGAGGACCAUUAGGGCCAAACAGAAAAGGUUUUUUUAUUCUGCAUUUCAGGGAUCACUUUCUGUAUUAGUGCCACGUUUAGGGAAGACAUUUUUUCUCAACAAAUUGUUCUCAUUGCAGAUAAAUUCAACAAGUCUCAGAUAAAAGUUGAAAUGUCAAAAUACUGACGGUAAAGUCGACUUAGGACAAGAUGAGUCAAUUUCAAACACACUAUCUUCAUAAAACAAUACAGAUGAUGUUAAAAACAACGAUGGUGCAAAAUACCACUGGCGUCAUUUUGAGUGUGAAGUCAAAUUUUAUCGUCUGGCAUAUACAAA